ACCACCCCCCAAAAAAAAAAAACAACAAAACUCCAUCCCCCGGCAUCAAGAUAUUCGACAACAAAAUUCUCACCGAGGCCUCAAAAGCGCCCCUGAGGGCCGUCGCACUGGCGUCAUUUCUGGGCGACGGGUUCGCCGCCCUCGGUAGCCGCGCCCCCCCGCCCAAGGACCAUCUGAUGGCGUUCGGGGCGGUCCUACACACCAGCCAGCACAACAUCGGUCGCAGCGAACCGCCCGUGGGCGUUGGCGAUCCCUGCGCCGGAUGCAACAAGCCCAUCCUGGACAAGUUCCUGCUGAAUGUCCUGGAACGCGCCUGGCACGCCUCCUGCGUCCGCUGCUGUGAAUGCCUCCAACCGCUCACCGACAAAUGCUUCAGCCGCGAAUCGAAGCUCUACUGUCGCAACGAUUUCUUCAGACGUUACGGCACCAAGUGCAGUGGCUGUGGCCAGGGUAUCGCGCCGUCGGAUCUGGUGCGAAAGCCCAGGGACAAGGUCUUCCACCUGAACUGCUUCACCUGCUGCAUCUGCCGCAAGCAACUGAGCACAGGUGAGCAGCUCUACGUGCUGGACGACAAUAAGUUCAUCUGCAAGGACGACUAUCUGCUGGGCAAGGCGCCAUCCUGCGGCCACAAUUCGCUGAGCGAUUCAUUAAUGGGCUCGGCGAGCGAAGACGACGACGACGAUGAUCCCCCGCAUUUGCGGGCCACGGCACUCGGAUUGGGCGUACUGGGGCCCAACGGACCCGACUCAGCGGGCGGACCUCUGGGCACAUCGGAUAUAUCAGUACAAAGCAUGAGCACCGAUAGCAAAAAUACCCAUGACGAUUCCGAUCAGGGCUCCUUGGACGGCGAUCCGGAUGGACGCGGCGAUUCCCAGGCGGAGAACAAAAGUCCCGACGAUGCCAACGGAUCGAAGCGACGCGGUCCGCGCACCACCAUCAAGGCCAAACAGCUGGAGGUGCUGAAGACGGCCUUCAAUCAGACGCCGAAGCCGACACGCCACAUCAGGGAGCAACUGGCCAAGGAGACCGGGCUGCCCAUGCGCGUCAUACAGGUGUGGUUCCAAAACAAGCGGUCGAAGGAGCGACGCAUGAAGCAAAUCACCAGCAUGGGCCGUCCGCCUUUCUUCGGAGGCGCCCGCAAAAUGAGGGGCUUCCCGAUGAACCUCUCGCCCGGCGGACUGGACGACGGACCCGGCUUCCCCUACUUUGCGGCGGACGCCAAGUUCGAGUUCGGCUACGGCGGACCCUUCCACCCGCACGACGGACCCUACUUUCCCGGCCACCCCGGCGGCCCGAUGCCGUUCAAUGCGCCAGGCGGCCCCAUGGACCACAGCGGCCCCAUUCCGAUGGUGAACGAGUUCGGACUGACGCCGGAGGCGACGUUCCUCGGGCAGGCGGGCGGUCCGCCGAUGCAGCUGCAGUCGGCCGUUGGGCCGCCGCCACCGCCGCCGCCACCGAGCGCCGAGCACUUGAUGGCCGCCGCAGCGGCAGCGGCGCAGCAACAGGCGGCGCAACAGCAGCAGCAGCAACAGCAGCAACAGCAGAAUGCGCAACAAGCGGCGAAUCAGACGCAGCAGCAGCAGCAACAAAAUGGCCCCCGCACCAAUUCGCCGGAAUUCAUGAGCUCGGCGAAUUUCAGCGAACCGCAGAAUAUGCAAAAUGAAGGGCUCGUUUGGUAAUAUACGAAACAGUUGGCAACGCGGCUGCUGCUCUUCGGCAGAGAGCGAGUGCGAGAGCGGGAGAGGGAGAGAGCGGCGCAGAGCGAGUGCGAGUGAGGGAGAUAGCAAUGGCUCUCGCUGUAGUGCCGUCUCGCUCUCGCCCGAAGGCUAAGCCCCACCCCCUCUGCUACGUUUUGUUUUUGUUAUAACUUUAUUAUUAUUAUUAUUAUUACUGUGCUAUUUUUUUUGUAUUUCAAUUCGGCGCC